GGGAGCACAGAGCUAGCUAGCCAGCCAGCCAGCAGCCAGCUUGCUCGCCGCGCCCGUCCUUCUUCCUCGCCUCCGUUCCGUUCCGUUCCGUCCCGCCCGCCGCCGCCGCCGCAUUCAGGGAUGGAGAUGAAGAAGAUCGCCUGCGCCGUCCUCGUCGCCGCCUCGGCGGCCACCGUGGCGCUCGCCGCGGAGGCUCCGGCUCCGGGCCCCACCAGCGGCUCCUCCGCCGUCGCGCCCGCCGUCGGCGCCGCCCUCGGGGCCGCCGUCGCCUCCUUCUUCGCCUACUACAUUCAGUGAGCCGGCCGCGGCCGGUCGCCCGGAGGCCGAGGAAGAGACGAAGCGGGAGAGAGAGUGACAUGGCUGCGCGCAUUCCGAUGCGUGGGCAUGUUUUUGAUUCGACACACCUUUUGUCCUCUUUUUCUUUGUUCCCUCUUUCUCCUUAAUUUAACGAAUUGAUGCAUGCCGCUGAUGUUCUUCCCCCUGAGAGAGGGAUUAACACUUGUAUCAUCGC